UAAUCACUCAAUGCGUCGCGGCACUGUGAGUCUGAGUGACCUCCCCGUGCGCAGAGCUCCUUUCACGGAUGAAACUUAAAAACAAAUCUCGAUAAGAGCGUCACCAUCUGAACAUGCCAUCAUGGAGACCUCACCUCACAGAUAUCAGAAAAAUGACUCAAAGUGAGCAGCUGAGCUUGAGGUGGCGCAAGGGACGAUUCCAUCAGCGCGUGAGCGCUGGAGACGCUCAUCAGUUGGCUGGAUAACGGAGAGGCGCACCGGAGCGCACAGGCUGGAUCUUAUCUGCACACGCUUGUUUCUUCUGCAAACCGAGUGGACACCAGCUCUCCAAGCUUCAACAUGAACAACUCCAGUUGGACGUCUGUGGCUAACAGAACAUCCCCCUCCCACACCAACAACACAACCAACUCUAUGCCCUUCAAUGAGGUCACAGCAGUCAUUUAUGCUAUUGUCUUUAUUGUGGGUUUCAUGGGAAAUACGCUGGCUAUCUACGUAGUGGCCCGAUACACCAAGAUGAAGACUGUAACCAACAUGUACAUUCUCAAUUUGGCCGUGGCGGAUGAACUCUACAUCCUGGGAAUCCCCUUUUUGGGAACCAACAGCGCCCUGUCUUAUUGGCCAUUUGGGGAUUUCCUCUGCAAGGUGUGCAUGACUACCGACGGAAUGAGUCAGUUUGCCUCCACCUUCUGCCUGACUCUGAUGAGCAUCGACCGCUUCCUUGCCGUGGUUUAUCCCAUUCGCAGUGCCAAAUGGAGGAAGCCACGGAUGGCUAGGAUUUUUAGCGGCUUGGUGUGGGUCAUUUCCUUAGUGAUAGUGUUGCCGGUCACCAUCUUCUCAUGUGUACAGGAGGAGUUCAACACCUGCAACAUCAGCUGGCCUGAUUCAUCCGGUGUCUGGUCUAUUGUCUUUAUCCUCUACACAACUAUUCUGGGUUUCUUUGGCCCUUUGGUUAUUAUCUCCCUCUGCUACCUGUUCAUUGUCAUCAAGGUGAAGUCAGCUGGUGCACGUGCAGGUCUGACCAGGCGUCGCAGGUCAGAACGUAAGGUGACACGCAUGGUGGUGGUCAUCGUCGUGGUGUUUUUUCUUUGCUGGAUGCCCUUCUACACUGCCAACAUCGUCAACCUGAUUUAUGUCAUCCCGGAAACCCAAAUUACUGCUGCAAUCUACUUCUCACUGGUCAUCCUCCCCUACGUCAACUCCUGCGCCAAUCCGGUCCUCUAUGGCUUUCUUUCUGACAAUUUCAAGCAGAGCAUUCAGAAAGCCUUGUGCUUUAAAAGAACAUUUGCUACUGCAGGCACAGAUCCAACCGGGGGCCAAGAGAAUGCUGCCAAGUCUGUUCAGAUGGAGAUCAUCAGGAACCCUGACUGUGAGCCUUUCACCUCAAAAACUGCGACGAACGGCAAAUGAUUGCUGGGUUUCCAAGCUGAACCAGCGUGUGCUCAUGCACUACCACAUGGAGCUUGAGAAAUUUAGCCCCGGGGGUUUUAUUGACAUGGAAUUUCCGCUCUUUAUUUCAGUUUGCCCUGGCUCACUUUGGUAUCUCUGGAGAGGAACAGGGGGGAAAAGUCCCGCUUGAGAAGCAGCUUCUCAUCGCGCCCAUCAAUAAUCUGUGUUGUUUUUUGUUUUUGUACAUUGCACCAGAUGGGACUGCAUCGGGAUACGUUUUUCCUUAUGUCGUUGUGCAACAGACGUUAUUUUUAUGAGUUAAGACUUCAAACUAUCAUUUUUGUUUUCUUCAUUUGUUUUCUGACCUGAAUUUGUUGCUGUUUUCUGCAUGUUUCAACACUAAAAGACAUCUGCAAAGGACAAGUGGAGUGUCUCACUCGGGUAAGGGUAGGAGGGUAGGACAUUCGCACAGGGAAUGUCGCCAAACUUUCACGAGAAAUUCCUCAUAUCCUUGCAUGGGUUUAAAAGAAAUAAACAUUUAGCUGAAACAUUUCUUCUCAAACAAGCUUAUAAAUCCAAUGGGAACCCUUCUCAGUUUAGCUUCAGUGAGUCUGACUUUCAGAUUAUUCUAGAUGGUAAGGUAAAUUGCCAAAACAUCUAGACAGAAUUAUGAAAUCUGUGACUAUAUUGAGACAAAAAAAUAUGUUUCGCGUGUUGAAAAACAAACACUCUGCCCCUUUGUCCACUUGCACAUGAUGCUAACACAACCCUUGAUAUUGUCAACACCAAAGGCCAUUCACUUUUCUUCAUUAUGUUUACAAUAUUAUUCCAGUUAUUCACCUUUUUCAGCAGAAGAUCAAAGUUAAAUGGAUAAUGUCAAAUGUUCUUUGUUUUUCUGUGGAAGUGGAACAUCACCAUCCAUUGGCUGCAACUUUAUCGCCUCCAAAAUUUCUGUAUCUUUUAAACUUCACUUUGGAACAAAAAUUAUAGUUUUUAUUUUCACCAAACGUUUUUAGCACGUGGGCAGUAAGCAGAAAACAUCUUUUGAAACAAAUUAUAGUGGCGUGGACUGCUGCCUUUCCACUGGCUACGUAAGCAGCGCGUAACGUAAUCGAUGCCCAAUAGAUUACCCAUGAACUCCCUUCCCACCAGAAGGUGUCAUUUGGAAUUGUAGGAUGGCCAAGGAAGGUCCCACCUAUCUUGCCUCUUAUUGGCUGGAAGGGCUCUCCUACGAUUGGCUAUUUCAUGUAAAUGGCAAACUUUGUUCCCUCGCUGCAGGGUUUUUUGUCUGCAGCCAGAUCAUGAGGAGUUUUUGAAGAAAAUGUGGUCUUAGCGCUAUAAUAACCAUUAUGUCCUGUUUUGCAACAAACCAGUUUCUGUUUCUUUCAUAGAAGAACCCGAGUAACAUCUUUUUGUGUAACCUAAUUGUAAUAAAUCUUGUUAGACUGACUUUAGAGUAUAUCUGUUAGCUCUCAAGCCUUGGGGUUAUCGUAUUACUAUAGGCUAUCUUAGGUCUUCACUUUCAUUGGUUAAGGUUGUUUGCAAGUCAGGACACAUCUCUCAUCAUCUGUUUAAAUGUGCAUCAUUCAAUCAAAAUUUUAUUCAAAGCUAAUUAUGAUUUAAACCUGUUUUUCAGCAGUUUUCAUCAUUAUCCUAUGUAUUCUGCUUUAAUAAAAUAACCUUAAUGCUUGAGAGCCAACAGAUAAAGUGAGUCCUACAGUGUGAUAAAUACAACAUUUAUUACAAGUUCACAUUUUUACAUGUUUUUUUUUUACUAAAAUAAACAGAAACAAAAAAAUUUGCUAAAAGUUUACAUUUUCUUUACAAAACUUCCCAAAACAGCUUUUCUGUUGGUGGCGGUAGGACAGGCAGCACUUGGAGAGGGAAGACAGUUUGCUGCUAAAUGAAAGAGCCAAUCAUAGGAGAGCCCUUCUGGCCAAUCAGAGGCAAGAAAGGCGGGAUCUUUCUUGGACAUCCUACGAUUCCAAAUGAAGCCACCGGGAGAAUUUCAGACGAAAAACGGUAGCUAAAGCGUUUCACACAACGAGGUCAUGAAAUUGCCGGAGGAUUGCUGGGAAGCGUGAUUAUGGCAGUUCUUGCAAUAACAAGCCAAGAGAAAGAUGGCAGCAUGUAUCCAAAAAGGUCUGUGAUUUAUGUUCAGUUCUGUUCUCAUCGGAUACGGAGAUUUCAUAUGGACUUUGGAGAUCUGCGUGUGACUUUUAUUUUGAAAGGUUCUAUGUUUUACACUGCUUUUGAGAUUGACUUCCUGUCUGGCCCGAUCUAAACUGCAGAGUUCGACACGUUCUGGAAGCGUAAGCAACGCGUACCAACGUGGCAGGUGGAAACACACCCCUCUACUACGGUGGCUACUUCGCUGCGUACUACGUUUUCGCGGAUAUUAUGUGACGCCUCCACAACUGAUGGAUGAACAAAAGUACUCCUACAUUGCAACGUUCCCCUGUUAAAUCCCGACAUUCAUCUAAAUGCUAAUAUGAGAUGUUUUUAAAACUCUUCCAGGCCCACGCAGAUUGCAACAGAAGUGUUGCAGCAGUUCAUUUCCUAGAUAACUCAAAAGAAAAACAGUUAAGGAACUAGACAGAAACUAUGUUGGCUUCUCCCAGUUAAAUACCAAUCAGAUGAGAUCAGUGGGAAGCCAGCCCAAUCAGCAGAGACCCACAAUACCAGGGUACCAGAUGUUUCAGGACACCUCCAGAUGUUUUCUUACAGUGUACCCAGGCUACACUGGUUUCUGGGGUGACAAGAUGAGUCCCACAUUGUUUUAUAGCUGAAAGGUGUAAUCUUAUAUAUGAUUGGAGCUAUAAUCUUGGUUUUUGUGCUUUGCCUAAUUAUGCCCUUUGAAUAUUAGCAGUAUUUGUUUUGCCCUGCAACAGCCAGAGAGAUAAGUGUUUCUGGUUAGUCUCUCAUUAGGGGGCCUUUUGUUGGCCUCACGGUUUUUGAAGGACCUUUCCGCGAUGUGAAAAAUGUCUUUAAAUAGCACGACUUAGUGUUGUUUCUACAUCUUUUCUCCCUCCUAUUUCUGCAGCUGGAGCAGGUUAUCACGUUGCACCACACAGAAAAAAUUCAGCUUUUGUUUUAUUGUUUCUUUUACUGAAACUUUCUCAUCUUCACGGUUACAACUCGAGCCCAAAGUGUCAAGAACGUCUACAGGAACUUUGAGCUUUUCCAGAAAAACCAACCAGUGAAACGGACUCAUGGAGUUAAAGGAGACACUGGAUUUAUCCAUGAUAGCAACACUGUGAAUUAUUAUUUUUUUUCUUACAUAAAAGGUCAUUUUGAAUUCAGUUUCUCAGUCAUGUAAAUGCAAACAUUAUGAUGUAAUUAUGAAUAUUAAUAAAACAAAAAGAAAGACAUAUUUUGCAUUAUUUAGGUCCUGCUGACGUGUGCCUGCAUGAAACAAGGCUUAUAUGUAUACAUUAAUCCCGUGAACAUUUAGUUUGUUUAUUUACUCUGUAAUCCUCAGCAUAAUGGUAAGUUCUUGUUUCAGAGCAAAGCACUUUUUGUUUCCAGUCCAAACAAAUCAUGCCUCAAUGUGCUUAUCGCUCACCAGAGUGUGAUGAUAUUUUUGUUUUUAUAUCUUUUUUAAUAAAACUGCAAAAUAAAAAGUCCAUAGUGGAGCAGAAGAAACAACAUGACUCACAUUUUUUUAUAUUGUGUGCAGGAUAUGUUGGAGUUGUGCAAAAAUAAUAAAAGUGCGCUGAAGGCAAUAAAAACGUAGUAUCUGAUGUAAAUUUAUGACCGCUGUAAAGACUCACCGGUGCAGUGUUUCAUAAAGUCCCAGCUGUAUUUUUACACCGUCUGAUUGGGGAACAGAUGGAUCCAUGCGUGAUUUCUGUAGCUCUCAACAAACAGCUGCUUCUUUUCAAGGAUGGCGAGAAUGUAUUUUCUUUGCUUUUAGUUACAAUCAGUCAAAUUUAAAUGAAGGGCCAAACAUUCUUGUGAGGAACGCAGAUCACCUGCUACCUUUCCUUCCAGAGUUUUGAUCUAAGAUCAGUUUUUGUUGAAAAAUGAUUGACUUUUUGUUGUUGUGGUCCCAAAAUGUGUCCACAGUCAUGACAUCUUGAACUGAGUCGACUCCAAAAGCUAAUCAGGAGUGGAAGAACAUCUAAUAAAUACGUAGUGAGUUUGCUUCAUGAGAUAUGUUGCAUACAAACACAAGCACUGGUCGUUUAAUCACCAGUUAUUGGCCGAUCAUGAUGUUUCAGCCUGUGUGAUUUACACAGGCAGACCAACCUAAAGAAAUAAAAUGUAUCUUGAACUGAAAAUGAAGGCUGAAGUUGCAACGUGCGGAGAUUUUCAUUUUUAUUGAAUUUUUUUGUAAUUACAUCUUAACCCAACAAAAAAGCUGCUUUCACAAAUGUGUACAUUUACGUUCAUUUUGUGUGUCUGACUCAGUGUUCAUGAAAACACAUAGGUCAGGAGGAUGUUACUAACGUAUUUUAAUAUUAUUUGACAGAAAACUUAAAACUGACAUGUUGACCGAGAUGCUUUUGCAAAAAUAUUGUCAUUAAAAAGCAAUCUUGAAAACCACAAACUGUGGAUUUUGACAA